CCUCUCCCUCUCCACCCCAGUCUUGCCACACUGUGGUCAGAAAUCCUUUUUUUAAGCUCAAGAUGGUUUGGGAUAUUUUCUUUGACUGAAGUCAAUGUAUAGGCUGAAACAUACGCUCCUGGCAUGAAAUCAUCUGCUCUAGGGAGAGAACAACUGCCACAUCGCCAGGGUUCUGUCUGACCUCACCCGUGAGCCUGUGAGACAAGGAGAAAAAAAAUAAGUGAUAGCAUUCACUUUUUGCUGAACUGUAUGUGUGCUCUAAGAACUUCAGCUAAGAGUGCAGCAGCUCACUUGUAUUACACUUGUAUGUUGUUUCUCCUGAUCUGCCCUUGCCCUUUAAAAUCAGAGAUGAUAGAUUUCUGCUUUACACCUGUGCCUCUUUCGUUAUGUUCCAAAGAGUGUGCGGUUCAGUGUGUGAACUCUGUCCUGGUUUGAUUGGUAGGUGGUGAUGUAAGUGUGCAUAAUUCAAAUGCAUUAAUUUCCCUGGAGUGUAAGACUGGAAGGUGGGAGAGUAGCCAGCAGGAUAUGUGCUCUUGGUCUGGAGAAGUAAUGAAGUAAGGGAGCAAAAAUGCUGGAGCAGCCUGCUUUAUUGUACCAUGUAAGAGACAGCAUCAUCAUCUGAGGAGGAUGCUGGAGUGCUAGGGAACAGACAAAUUUUGUGUUGCAAUCAAAUAGAGCUCCUCAUAAUGUAGACUUUGUGGAGGCUACAGGAGCUCUACUUUAAAAUGGUGGCAAGCUGGCAAAAAUAGGGUUUAAACUAGGACUGGGUGUAGACAUUUGUGGCUGAAUGCUGAUUGUAUGACACUAACUGAAUGUAGUUGUUGCUUUAUCUGGUCCAGUUCUUCUUGUGAGUAUGCCCUCAUCUUGCUGCUUUGAAGAUGAGUAAAUAGGUUUUUAUAGUGAGGACAGAAUGUGCUUUCUUGGCAGGAGGCUUGUUUCCAGCUGAAUUUGUCUUCCUGUUUCUCUAAAACUUCUCUUUUCUGGAUCUUGGGUGCACUUGUUAAACAUGUUACUUAGAUUCAAUCAUGCCAUAUAAAAAUCCCUGCCGAUGUGAAGGAAAAAAAAGUCUGACCUGGAUUUGUAGCUGACUCAUAACCCUUUAAAGGAUCUGAAGAAUCAUAUAUUUUGGCUUUGGAAAUAAAUAGGAAAGACUGUUGUAGAAAAUUGUAGUUGUUCAAGCAGUAGUUGUUUUCUGUCUGCUUAGGGAAGGCUUAAUUUGCUACUUCCUUGCAAACAUAUAAUCAUUGUGCUAUCUUUAGCUGUUUUGUGGUACAACUUCACCUCAUGAAAGACAGAAUAACACAGAUGGUUUACAUUUUCCUGAACAAAACAUACUCCAGGAGAGUAGGCAUGCUCUGAAGCUCUGCGCUUUGAGCAACUUGCUGACUGAAGGUGGUAUAUCAGUUAUAUUUUAAAAGUGUAUACAAAUAAUCUAUGGAAAUAGGGUUUUUGACAUUUCAGGCCCAUAUCAGCUCAAAAAACCUCUUCUGUUGAGAUACUUUAUUCACAGAUAAUUUAUGUAAGCUUCUGAGAUCUUGCAAGAUCUUGCACCUGGGUUGAGGGAACCCCAGCUACCAAUACAAGCUGGGGGAUGAAAGGAUUGAGCCCAGCCCUGCUGAAAAAGAUGUGGGGGUAACGGUGGAUCAAGCGGAGGCUGGAUCAAGCCCUGGGCAACCUGUUCUAGCUGUGGUGUCCCUGUUCAUUGCAGGGGAAUUGGACUAGAUGACCUUUAAAGGUCCCUUCCAAUCUAAGGAUUCUGUGAUUCUAUGCAGCCCUGGUUUGAAUUGUCAGAUAAUCAGGUGUUCAUAUUGAAAAUAGGCCAUGAGCCAGAGCCUUAAGCUCAAUCCUCUGAAAGUUGUAUUAAUUAGAAUUGAGCAUUGGUCAAAGUUCACCAUAGCAAGAUGCUAUAAAUGCUUCCACUAUACCAGUCCUGUACCUGUUUUUCUAAAUGUUGAUAUAAAUGGUGAAGAAAUGCUUCAGGCUUACUUUUGUAAGAAAAAAAAAAAAAAAUGUGUAGAAGUCUUAGAGCUAAGUCACUGUAAGGAUAAGAAAAGGAAAAAUAUUUGAUGGGGGAACUUCUUUCAUAUUUUAUUUAUGUAAACCUGAACUUUUUUAAAAUCAAAACUACAGGCUUUAUUGAAAGCUGUUUUGUGAUUCUUGUUCUACUUUCAAUCUGUGGGUAGGAAUGGCUUUUUAGCAUUGGCUGUUUUUAAUUUCUAAAGUCUUUUCUGGCCAAAAGAUCAGGUAUGACAUCUGGAGUUAACCAGUGAAGUGAAGUCUCUCUAAUUUGUUCUUUGCUUGUAUACUGUGUGAUUAAUAUUGAAUACAAAUGAUUACAUUGAAAACCUUAAUAGCGACGGUAACCUUUUGCUUAUACCAUUCUCAUUAAACCAAGUCACUUUUGUUUGUUACAGACAAAUCAAUUCUCUGCAGAGUGCAAAUGCAUUCCCAAUAGGAAUGUGUGGGUUUUGCCUGGUUGGUGCUUAUGGAAACUCCUGGGAGACUUCAAAGUGUGGCCUGAAUGUCCAGGAAUUGUUGAAACACUGUUCUGAAACCCGUGUCACUUGAAGUAAAAGCAUCAGUGUUGGAAAACUGGCAGGGAUGUGGAGGGAAAAGGAAGCACAAAAGUCAGUGGUUAUGUUUGAGUACUGUCUGGCCACGUCUCGGGUUUUAGGUGAGAUGUGUUAAUGCUCAGCAGUUCCUGGGAUUUAGUUGCAGAUGUGGAUAAGGUAGCUGUUUUCACAUCCAGUUCUGGCAUGCUUUUGGCUGCCCAAGGAAGACUUUAAAUAAAUAAAAAAGCCAUGACUGGUAAACUUGUGGUAAUUGCAUGAGAACAAGAGUUGUUUGUUGCCAAGAUUAUACUGAGUUGUGGUUCCUGGUUUUGAGGGAUGGCAAUGUUGGCAGAGGUAGAACUGUUUGUUGUACUAAUGCAAUUACAGUGGAUCAUAAUGGGUGGUAUGACACAGCUUUGAUUUGGGUGUCUUCUGGCUUUUAAAUACAUGGUAGGUAUACACCUCUAAUUUACUUUGUCUGACAGUAUGCAGUUUUGGUUGUGGGAUUUUUUUUAUUUUUAUUUUUUUUUUAAGUUCAGAAAGCUGUUAUUUUAGUAGUUAGUAGACAUUCUUCUUUCCGUCAUAGAGAGUGGUGACACAGGCUCUCACAAUAAAGUGACAUAGGAAACGAGUAACUGCUUAUAGCCCGGAUAUUGCAAUUGUUUUCCUUCAGGAACUCUUUAUACAUAAAUAUAAUGUAUGCCUCCGUAGACGGGGUGUGAAGGUAGUUGCCCUUGCUUGCCUGCUCUUUUCUCCCAUGCUUAACUCUGCCGCUUCUGAAAAUCUUGCCUGAAAACAUGCCCAUCAGUUGGUGUAGACACUGUGUAUUCCCUGAAUUGAGAUUCCCAAAGAAAAGGAGCAUGAAGGUUGUCCUGUCUAGUUGAUGGCUCUGUGGCUGUCUGUGAGGGCUUGAAGGGAGAAUGACUUGGGACACUCGGGUAAGGAAAAUCUCAAGUAUUUGUGAUGACUUUUGAACUCAUCUACUGCCAGGCACCCAACCUACUUGAGCUCUGAAAAUAUUAAUGGAUAGGGCAGACAACAUUGAAAUGCAAACGUUCUGUGUGUAAGCCCUUAAACAUCUCACACUGGGAUGCUUUACGUCUCACAAGUUCUUUGCCCUCACACAAAAAUAAAGCUGUGGAUAUUUGUCUAAUUUUCUUUCAAAACUGUAGGAAAUAUAAUCUAGACAGCUAUGCUUUGUUUCUGCUGUUAUUUCUUUAAAUAGUCUUAAUUUUAAAUGCUUUGAACAACAGACUUCCACAGCUUCCCUUGACAGUGUGCCAGGUUGAUAUGAGAGCAAACAUUCAGUUUGUUCCACAGCGCUUCUGGUGUGGGUGUGAGCUUUUCUUUACUGCUUUGUCACAGUUCCCAGCUGCAGCCCUUUGGAUUGCCUGAAUUGCAGUUCCUCCAGGUUUUUUGGGAGCCAGUUAGCUGUAGUCCUUAAAAGCCAAAUGAAGAUUCUGGAAUGAAGUUUUGCUUGGUGUGCGGCUGCCAUAUGCGCAACAAAAGGAAGGUUAAUAAUGCUUGUAAGCCAGAGGUGAAAGUGGCUCAGCAGAGCAACACUGGGAAAUCUGGCAGACUGGAAGAGAACGGCUGCCCUGCAGGGCAGCUGCCAAGCGUGAAGCAUGGAGGAGAGUAAGAACGAGAAGGUGAACCAGGCUCACGUUCUCUUCGACAGAUUUGUCCAGGCUUCAACAUGCAAGGGGACUCUCAAGGCUUUCCAGGAGCUCUGUGACUACCUAGAACUAAAGCCCAAGGACUACCGUUCUUUCUAUCACAAACUCAAGUCCAAGCUAAAUUACUGGAAAGCUAAAGCCUUGUGGGCCAAAUUGGAUAAGAGGGGCAGCCAUAAGGACUAUAAAAAGGGGAAAGCAUGCGCCAACACGAAGUGUCUGAUAAUUGGGGCUGGACCCUGUGGCCUUCGUACAGCCAUCGACCUGUCAUUCCUGGGAGCCAAGGUGGUGGUCAUAGAAAAGAGGGAUGCCUUUUCCCGCAAUAACGUUCUGCAUUUGUGGCCAUUCACCAUACAUGACCUGAGGGGUCUUGGCGCCAAGAAGUUUUAUGGCAAAUUCUGUGCAGGAUCCAUAGACCAUAUCAGUAUCCGUCAACUCCAGCUUAUCCUUUUGAAGGUUGCCUUGAUCUUGGGAAUAGAGAUCCAUGUCAAUGUGGAAUUUCAAGGGCUUGUUUACCCUCCGGAGGAUCAGGAAAAUGAAAGAAUAGGUUGGCGUGCAUUGGUCCACCCAAAAACCCAUCCAGUAUCAGAGUAUGAAUUUGAAGUAAUCAUUGGAGGGGAUGGCAGAAGGAACACUUUAGAAGGGUUUCGCCGAAAAGAGUUCCGUGGUAAACUAGCGAUUGCUAUCACAGCAAACUUCAUCAAUCGUAACACCACAGCUGAAGCCAAAGUAGAAGAGAUCAGUGGUGUGGCUUUCAUAUUCAACCAGAAGUUCUUCCAAGAUCUACGAGAAGCUACCGGUAUUGACUUAGAGAACAUCGUCUACUACAAAGAUGAUACACACUACUUUGUCAUGACUGCCAAAAAACAGAGCUUGCUGGAUAAAGGCGUAAUACGGCAUGAUUAUGCUGAUACGGAGUUAUUACUCUCACGGGAGAAUGUGGACCAGGAAGCUUUGCUAAACUAUGCCAGAGAAGCAGCUGACUUCUCCACUAAUCAGCAGCUGCCAUCACUGGACUUUGCCAUUAAUCACUAUGGGCAGCCAGAUGUGGCAAUGUUUGACUUCACGUGCAUGUAUGCAUCAGAGAAUGCAGCACUGGUGCGAGAGCAGAAUGGCCACCAGUUACUUGUGGCACUGGUUGGGGACAGUCUCUUAGAGCCAUUUUGGCCAAUGGGAACUGGAAUAGCGAGAGGAUUUUUGGCUGCAAUGGACUCUGCUUGGAUGGUACGAAGUUGGUCACUCGGAGCAAGUCCUUUGGAAGUUCUUGCAGAGAGGGAAAGCAUUUAUAGACUACUGCCUCAGACCACCCCUGAGAAUGUGAGUAAAAACUUCAGCCAUUAUAGCAUUGAUCCAGCCACCCGGUAUCCCAAUAUCAACGUCAACUUCUUGCGGCCACAGCAGGUACGCCACUUGUAUAAUACAGGAGAUUUGAAAGACAUACACCUGGAAAUAGAGAAUUUUGUGAACUCCAGGACACCAAAGCUGACUCGGAAUGAGUCUGUAGCUCGCUCUAGUAAAUUGCUCAGUUGGUGCCAGAGGCAGACAGAUGGGUAUGCUGGUGUAAAUGUGACAGAUCUCACGAUGUCAUGGAAAAGUGGCUUAGCUUUGUGUGCCAUUAUCCACAGAUACCGUCCAGACUUAAUAGACUUUGAUUCUUUGGAUGAACACAAUGUGGAGAAGAAUAACCAGCUGGCCUUUGACAUUGCUGAAAAAGAGUUUGGAAUAUCUCCCAUUAUGACUGGAAAGGAAAUGGCAUCUGUUGGGGAACCAGAUAAACUGUCAAUGGUGAUGUACCUCACGCAGUUCUAUGAGAUGUUCAAAGACACCAUCCCUUCUAGUGAUAGUGUGGACCUGAACGCAGAAGAAAAGGCUGCCCUAAUUGCCAGUACCAAGUCUCCUAUCUCUUUUCUCAGUAAACUGGGACAAAGUAUAUCUCGGAAACGCACUCCAAAGGACAAAAAAGAAAAGGAAUUGGACGGUGCAGGAAAGAGGAGGAAAACCAGCCAAUCUGAGGAUGAGGACAUUCCUCGAAGCUACAGAGAAGAAAGACCUACACUGGUGAGCGCCCUGACAGAGAGGAGAAUUGAUGCUGCCAUUGGGAAUCAGAACAAAGUCAAGUCCAUGGCAACCCAGCUACUGGCCAAGUUUGAGGAGAAUGCACCAGUACAGUCCUCAACAUUACGAAGACAGCAGCCUGUCCUGCCUUAUCAAGAACGUGUUCACAAUCAACCAUCCAGCAGACGAGAGCAGGGCCGUCUAGCUCCUAUACCCCAGUGGAAACAGAUGAGGAGUAAGGAACGUUCUCGGACCUGCCCCAAAAAAGUGAUCAUGCUCUCUUCUUCCACUCCACCUUCCUCUCCACCGUAUCCCAGGCUGCAGACAUACAGGGAACCUGGUGCUGGAUGUCCUGGGGAGCAGAGUCCCAGACAGGAAAGGAGAUCUCCUCGUUUAUUUUCUGACGACCAAGUGCCUGAGAAUGUUGAACAAAGGGCAUGUCAGCUGGCUGCCCUCCUGGAGCCCAGGCCUGCAGCGAGGCAUCAGCCUGAGACUGAACCGUCUCGACGAUUCUUUGUUGACCAGUGGGAGCUCUCCCUUAGCCUCCGUUCUUCUAAUCGCCCUUCUUCACCUUCAUCUGACUCUCUUCGACAGAAGUAUAUAAAGAUGUACACAGGCGGAGUGAGCUCAUUGGCUGAGCAGAUAGCCAAUCAGCUUCAAAGGAAAGAGCAACCCAAAACCCUUCUAGACAAAAAGGAACUGGGCUCGCUCAAAAAGGAGUUUCCCCAGAACCUGGGAGGCAGUGAUGUCUGUUACUUCUGCCGCAAGCGAGUCUAUGUGAUGGAAAGGCUGAGUGCUGAAGGCAAGUUCUUCCACCGCAGUUGCUUCAAGUGUGAAUACUGUGCCACCACUCUGCGGUUGUCAUCUUACGCCUAUGAUAUUGAAGAUGGUAAAUUCUACUGUAAGCCCCACUACUGUUACCGACUCUCCGGUUAUGCUCAAAGGAAGAGGCCAGCAGUGUCAGGAAAGGACACCAAAGGACCUCUGCAGGACACCAUGGCAAGUGAUGGAAGUGGACGGGCAAAUUCCAUCUCCGCCUCAGCAGAGAGGGCCCCAGGUCCUAAUGUAAAUGGGCUGGAAGAGCCCAGCCUUGCUAAGCGGUUGCGUGGCACGCCGGAGCGAAUUGAGCUGGAGAAUUACCGACUGUCACUGCAACGGGAAGAGGAACUGGAAGAGGUUCCUGAAGAGACACUAGCAGAGCAUAACCUGAGCAGUGUGUUGGACAAAGGAGCAGAGGAGGAUGUGCCCAGCAGUAGUUCAGAGUCUGAGAUGGAGGAGGAAGAUGAAGAUGAAGAUGAUGAACUACUGCUGCCUCAGCAACCCCCUUCAGACUUGGGAGGUGUGCCAUGGAAAGAGGCUGUGCGCAUCCAUGCCCUCUUGAAGGGAAAGAGCGAAGAAGAGAUUGAGGCCGAGGAAAAUCAUGAGUAUGAUGACAAAGAAGAAGAGGAGGAGGAGGAGGACGAUGAGGAGUAUGAAGAGGAGUCUAGCGAAGAGGGAGAGUAUUGCCCUUGGGAGAAAGAGCUGCAGCAAGGCCUCUGGCUUCAACGUCUCUCAAAUGAAGAGGACACGGGUACAUUUAAAGCUGGAAACCUUAGGCUGCAGCAGAUUGUAAAUCCGAUUGAUCCUCUGGAGAUUCUGGCAGAUGUGCACUGGACACACAUCCGUGAAAAAGAGGAGGAGGAAAAAAUGGUCCCACCCUCAAAGUCCUCCACCUCCAGAGCAUCCGACCUUCCCUCCGUACGCCAUGAGGCGGUACAGGCGUGGCUGGAGACGGUCCCUGGAGCUUCGUGUGAAGAUAAUGGUGUGGAGGAUGAGCUGGGCACAGAGCCUGCAGACACAGAAGGGCAGGCGGGUGAAGAGGGAGACACGGGUGCAGAGCUGGAUGACGAUGACAUCCCAUCUGAUGCAGAAGCUGAGUUUCGCUUACAUCGAGGUAACGUAGAAGAGCCAGGACUAAAAGUUUCUGAAGAUGAAGAAGGAGCAGAAGAUGCUUCUUGCAGUGUGACAGAAGAUCCAUGCAAGCCAUCUGCUCCUAACCAGUCAACUAAUGACAUUGUUCUUCCUCUGUCUCCAGCUGAUAGUCUCAAAGCAGAACAAGCAGAGGAUGUAAAAGAUCCCCUGGCUGCAAUAAAAUCUCCAGAGACACGCUUUUUCCCUGAGCCUUUCCUUCUUGAGGAAGGACCAAAGGAUGAAAUUCCCAAAGACAGAAAAGCUAAAAGCCCUUCUGUGCCACUCUCUCCAGUGUUAUCUCAGCCUGUUGCAUCACCAGAAACUAUUGUACCUGCAUCUCCAGCAGAAUCUCAGCCAGCAGCACCAAAAUUGGCUUCGUCUCCAACAUCUUCUCAGAAGCCUAUCUGUUCCCAGCCUUUGCCUUCUGCUGAAACAUCCAUUCCAUCCCCAGUGGAGCCUCCAGUAUGUUUCCAGCCUGUCCCAGCCUUAACGUCUACUCCUCUAGCUAAACUGGUCCUUAGGAACCAGGAUAGUGAGGUGGAGAAACUGGGGAGCCCUACCACUGCAGAAGAAGCUCUGAAACGUAGUAACCUCGUAGAAGAGUUCUGGAUGAAGAGUGCUGAAAUUCGGAGGAGCUUAGGACUCACCCCAGUAGACAGAAACAAACGCUCAGAGUCAACCUUUCCUGUAUCUGCCCUUGAGAGGACUCCUCUGAAGACUUUUAAUAGUGAGAGUGUUACAGGAGAUGAAAGGAUGCAUCUUGUGAAGCCACAGCCUGCCCCAAGAAGGCAGGGACUGUCAAAGUUAGAAAAUGAACAAAUUUCUCUGCUCACUCCAAAAUCUCCAUCAGAAAAAGAACUGAGGAGUUCCCAUGAAGAUAAGAGAGAUGUAUCCAGCAGUUCUGGUCUUGGCCUUCAGGAGAGCUCAUCUAACAUGAGAACUUUGGCUAGCCAGAGCUUCAACACUUCUGAUUCUACCAUGCUUACACCUCCAUCAAGUCCCCCCCCACCACCUCCUCAAGAUGAAGAACCAGCUACUUUGCGUAGAAAGAGGUAUCAAGCACUUUGGCAGAAUGAGGUUGAAUCCAGGUCACCUCCAACACCAGCAUCAACACCUCCCGUUCCCCCACGCCAUGAGCCAACCUCUGCUGUCAAAGAAUCAACGCAGGCCAAAAAAGAUGAUGUGCGAAAGUCUUUUGCAGAGAGUGUGGAUGAGAUUCCAUUUGCUGAUGAUGUAGAGGACACAUAUGAUGACAGGACAGAGGACACAAGCCUUCAUGAGAAAUUCUUCACACCUCCUACCAGUAGGCCACAGCCAGAGAAACCACUUGUUUUGCCCUUGGUCAAAGAAAAUGGUGGUCCACCCUCUAUGGAGGGAGGAGUUAACCAGAAGAAGAGAGCGUUGCCAGAAAUUUCUGCAGAGGCCAAGGAACUUGCUGAAGAAAGGAUGAGAGCCAGGGAGAAGUCUGUCAAGAGCCAAGCACUACGUGAUGCCAUGGCUAAACAGUUAUGUAAGAUGAAAGAUAUGGAGAUGGCUGCAGCUGCUGGAGCCACAAGGGCACGAAAGGCAUCUUCUAUGCCUUUGAAGACCAAAGAGUUGUUUUAUGACUCUCCAAAGCACUUGGCUUUGAAAAUAGCAGAGGGGUCCACACUAAAGCAUGAUGCUGCUAGUGAGAAGUUCUCCACUCCUGCUGCUGAUGUGGCUGGACCUGAAGGGUCUGUCACCUCUUCAGAGGGCUCCAGUGGGAAGAGUAAGAAAAGAACUUCUCUUUUCUCCCCUCGUAAGAACAAGAAGGAGAAGAAAUCCAAAAAUGACAGCAGGCUUUCUGACAAAUCUAGUGGUGGGACAGAGGAAGCAACAAAGUCUAGGUCAUUAUGGAAGUCUGUUUUUUCUGGGUAUAAGAAAGACAAGAAGAAAAAAGCUGAUGACAAAUCCUGCCCAAGUACUCCUUCAAGUGGUGCUACUGUGGAUUCUGGCAAGCACAAAGCAUCUCCAUUGAUUACAGCUGCAGAUUUGCAGCUCCGUCGACACCUGAGUUUUUCAGAGGACUCUGACCUCUCCAGUGAUGAUGUUCUGGAACGCUCCUCCCAGAAAUCCAAGCGAGAGUCGAUUUAUGUACCACACGCCUUGGCAUUCAAGAGAUCAUAUUCGUCAAAGAGGGCCUACACAGAAGAGGAACUGAACGCUAAGCUGACUCGACGAGUACAGAAGGCUGCACGCAGACAAGCCAAGCAAGAAGAACUCAAGAGGUUACAUAGAGCUCAGAUCAUCCAGCGGCAGCUUGAACAAGUGGAAGAGAAGCAGAGACAACUAGAGGAGAGAGGGGUUGCUGUGGAGAAGGCACUUCGGGGAGAAGCAGACUAUUGGGGAGAGUCUUAUUACAGUGACCUCAUCGACUUGCAUCUGGGUGGCAUGGGAAAGAAGGAUGAUCCCAAGCUGAUGCAAGAGUGGUUCAAGCUGGUGCAGGAGAAGAAUGCCUUGGUUCGCUAUGAGUCUGAACUGAUGAUCUUCGCUCGGGAGCUAGAACUGGAAGACAGGCAGAGUCGAUUACAACAGGAACUCCGGGAGAGGAUGGCGGUGGAAGAUCAUCUAAAGACAGAUGAGGAGCUCUCAGAGGAGAAGAGGAUCCUGAAUGAGAUGCUAGAAGUAGUAGAGCAGAGAGAUUCUCUCGUGGCUCUCCUUGAGGAGCAACGGCUUCGAGAAAAAGAGGAAGACAAGGACCUGGAAGCAAUCAUGCUCUCCAAAGGAUUUAGCUUGAACUGGUCCUGAGCUUGACACAUUAAUCUCUGCUGGUUUUUGUUCUCCAGUUGGCCUACCCUGAGUUCGCCAGAAUUACAUGGAUAGGAAGAUGUUGAAGGGGAAAUCUCCGAAGGGUCCGACAGCGUGCCGUGAUUCGGUUUGAAGCACUCAGAAGCCUUUUGAUAAGUGUGUUGGUUCCAGAAGCUUAAGUUUUACAUGUCUGCAAGCCAUGUUGAAGAUAAUGAGUUGAGUCUGUGGAGUCUCCUUGAGGUUCAGUACAAUUGACUGUAUUUUUUGUUUGUUUGUUUGGUAGCAGGGAGAGGAGUAAUCCAUGUGUGGGGAAGGAGGUUAAGGGAAGAAGUACCCUUAACUAAUCUGGAUUUACAGCAGUCCAUUCCUUUCCCAUUUUUACUACAGCAGUUCUAAUAAAAGGGAGGGAAGUAACAACCCUCUCUGGAAAAUCGCAGCAGCCUGUAGCAACCUGUUUGCUGGAGUCAGCUAUCCAGGAGAGCUCCAGGAGCCCAGGGCAGCACCUUCUUUGCUUUAGUCUUCCUCCCCACCAAAGAAACCUGCAGUUGGUCGUUACGCAUGGAUAUGAAGAAAUAUGAGACAGAGAAGAUACUACUAGUAUGUGUGAUGGAACUCUGCCUCACGGUAUUUAAAGAGGUUUGGGCAUCAGAAGACUCACUCCCUAUCAUAGUCUCCUAAAUCUUUGUUGUAGGGGAAAAGGGGGAGAAGAAGAGAGAAGAAAGAUGCCCUUCUGCUUUGCUACACACUGGAGAGACAGCUGCUGCUGGCCUUAGUCUUCUUGGCCACAGCUCAGAGGCUGAUGGGCUUCUUUGUGCUGUUUUUAUUGCGACUGUUUUGACACUGGAAAAACUGACUGUGGGACAGUGUUGAGUGUGUGCUGGGGCAGGGGUGUUACCAAGCAGCAUUCCCUGGCUGUUCAGCUCCUAAAAGGGAGAAGCCCUUAAGUGACUGAAACCACCAUUAAGACUUUUCAGUGUUUUUAUUUUUUUCCUCUGUAUUUUGUUUUUGCACAUUGGAAACGAAGCUUAAGACCUGCCUGGGCCCUCAGUCACUUUGACCCUUUUAUGUCGAUUAACUUAUUUUUUUAAUACUUGAAAGAAGAUUCAUUUUUGUAUCUUUUAGGAAAAAAAACGGAUGAGUGAUAGGUGUGUGUGCCUGCUGCAUCCUACAACUUCCACUUCUAAAUUACUGGACGUUGUUACCUGUGGCUAUUUAUUAGUGUUCUUAUAAUAAUUUUAAUGUUACACAUAUUUGAAGGGGGAUGGGGGAGUGUUUUAACUCUAUCAGAGGACGACACUACUGUGGAUUGGUCCCUCUUUCAGAGCAAGGGCAGUCUUUAUGGACCCCAUGGACGCAUCCUGCCCUCGCAAGAUUUCCUUCAUGAUAAAAUCCUGCACACUUGUGGAGUUGUAAGAAUCUAUUUUGUGUUCCUAGCAUACUUUUCUUCUACAUCCCAGAAUCCCUCUGUUGGACUAAUAAACCUGUAAUUUAUUUAAAUUUAAAAUUUUUAUAAUGAGAAAGCCAAAAAUGUAAGGCAGAAAUAUCCCAUAUGUCCCUUUCUCACUGAAAGAGGGGACCUUCACACUCCUGAGAUACAGCUAGAGGGACUCUCAUGUAAUAAAAAUAGCACAUUUCCUGUUGCAUCUGUUGGAAGAAGCUCCUUUUGGCUCAGCUGGUGAAGCUGCUGCUUUUAAGCCAGGAGGGUACUUGUUAUAAUCGUACGUUAAGUAACGCGCAGGACAUGCACUUAGCAAUUCAGCAUCAUCCACUGUUUUGAGAGAUUCAGGAGCACACUACAUCCUUAGCUUGUUGCACAGAGCUGAAAUAGCGCUGUGUGUUGGGUCUGUGUCCCAUCCUUAACGUGAUGUGUUAAGAAGUUGUUUUUAAUUCAUUUUUGUUUCUCCCCUUAAGUUGUUGCCGAUUUUCUUUUCAUGUUAAGGAAGUACUAAGCCUGCUCUCCAGUGUCUUUGGAAAGGUGUCCCACUCCCAAGCAUAUUCGUACAGCAUGGAGGCUCUUUCAGCUUGAACAUACGCUGUUGGUGCAAGAUGCCCAAGCAGGGCUGAACAUCCUUUAAUUCUUUGCCGCAGGACAAAAGUUAACAUCGUUUCUUGCUGUUGACUGCCUCCUUGAAGGAGGCCAGCGGUCUACAACCUGAGGUCACCUCUGAUGGAUGGACGUAUCUCAGGCUGAGGAAGGGUGGGUAGGAUGGUCUCCAAGGUCUGUGAGCAGGGCUGAUGGUUAACUACAGAAACUUGUUUUUUACACCUCAAGAGUUUCCCCUUCUCCCCUCCUUACCAUUGUCAGCUAAGGCAUUACAAAUUAAACACAAAUGCUGUGAAACAAAGCAAGUAGGCAGCUUCAGUGCUGCUUAGUAACUAUGCAUGUUAGAAAGUCAUACCCGUAUACCAACCUCACUGGACAAAAUUUUUGAUAAGCGUUGGCCUACCAACAGGAUUCAGUAAACAGAGUACUUCCCAUUUGCCAGUGCAGAGGCCAGCUACAGGAGUCAAAGUGGUAACGGUAGCAGGUUACAUAGUCUGCAUGAGGGGCCAGUGGAACCUGCAGAGGAGGGAAGAGGGGACCUCAAUAGUACAAUAAACUGUCCUGCGCAGAGAAUUGGCCUCAGUCCCUUUUGCAGUGUAUAUGAACCACAUGUAACUUUUAACAAAAGAUCACUGAAUGUGAGCUGUAUAAAGAAGACAUACCAGGUCAGUACCUAUCCCUUUUCACAGUGGGGGACAUGGCCUGGAUUUUUUUCAAUGCCUGAGUCAUAUCACUUGAAGGUGUAAUGCCCUGCUGCAGGGGAAGAAUGCAUAUCCUAAAACUGAACUCUUUUGAGUGGUGCUGAAGUCCUCCAGCACUGAGAAUGAAGGUGAAGACCUAAUAUCACACACAUAAGUUAACUGAAAGUAUAUGAAAGGAAAUCUUAAAAGGCCUUUUUAUAUCAAAUGGUUUUAAAAGGCACAACUUGUAUUUGCUGUUCAGUUGCACUUUAUAACUUGCAUACCAGAUACUGGGUUUUUUUACUGUCUGAAUAUUUUUAAUUCAAACUUUGUAUUUUUAAAGCUAAAGAAGGCUCUUGUAACCACAAGAUUCCUUAUUUGUAUCAGAAUCCAAGUAGGAUGUUCUAGCUCCUUGUGCUAUCCAGGUGGGAAGCAGCACAUGACUCAGCCAUGUGUAUUCAAUGACGUGUGUCUGUAAUGCACAUAAGGGAAGUGGAAAGACCCUCAGCUUCUGAGAAUUAGGCAUACAAAGGCAUCUGCCUGUACGCCCUUGUGUGACAGUCCUCAUACCAGGGGCUGGCUCCUCCUUCUGUGUCAUGGGAGGAGCACAGAGCUCAGAACCUAACCCACGUUUGUUUUUAAAUGGGCACACUGAGGAUGGGGCAAGCACUUCAGUCCCCUAAGGGGAAAGGAGGAGAUGAUAUCACCUCCUGGAAACAUCCAGGAAGCAAGUACAGAUGGGGGAGUGAAGACUGCCAGAACACCAAAUCUGCUGUUUUCACAGUACAAAUACAUUUCUUUUAACUGUUCUGUUCCUUUUACCGUCUUUUCAUUUAAGCUCACAAAUGGCUGUAAAAUCCUGAGCUUCAGAGAACUGUGCAUGGGGAGAUGACAAGAGCAUCUUUCAGCUCUAACUUCCAGACGUGCUCCUUUUUUUUUUUUUUUUUUAUUUCAGCUAACCAGAACCCCAUGAUCUUGCUAGGGCAUGAUACAAACUGCGUUGCUGAACAUACUUUCAAGCAAACUACAAGUUUUAAAAGUCUGUGCUACUCUCUGUCUCUGCAUUUUAUGUAAAUAUUUGUUUGUAUGUAAAGACACCAGUGGAUCCUUGGGUUACCCCUGCGGUCAAGAACCUGAGUUUGUGCAAUGCCUAGGCCUCUGUUAGAACACGGUGCUUGCAUAGAGCUAGUCACCACAUUUGUGUGCACUCUGGUGGUUUUUAAUAUUUUUAUACAUCCUAAUCCUGAACAUUAUGAAGUAUUAUAAGUGGUCUAGACUGCAUGAUCUAGAGCAGCCAGCAUUUCUAUUUUCUUAGCAGCUGUUCCUAAGAUUUUCACAGCUACACCUUGUUUGGUUAACAUUCUUUUAAAAUGAGUUUUCAAUUAAACGUUUACACCAAGCGCCAGCGGACAAGAAAGGUGUUGCAUUAUAAAAUCUCCUGAGUACAAACUGAAAAGCCACAAUAUGGCUGUAUGGGAAUUUAAAUCAUCACUGUCUGCAAUAAAGAGAACUCUAAAGCGUACUAACAACCAGCCUGUACAUAGUCGGCAGAGAGAGACCGCUUGCUCUUGACUGUUGCAAAGUAACAGAGAUUAGCAGCUUUCCAAAAGCCUCCACUUUUGGAUUGCUCACAGUACUGCUAUAGACAGGAUAGCGGGCAGAUGAGGAUGUCAUUGAACGCAGCUGUGGAGGAUGCCAAGUUCUGAUGGCAUUGCAGUAACUUAAAUAUUCUCUGUAUCUGUGCGUGUGUGCGUGUGUGUGAAGUCUGUUCCAGGUGAAGGGAUCUGCUUUGGCAUCUUCCCUUUUGAAUGAAAGUGAACUCUGAUAUUCAGAUUGUUCAAGGCUUUCAUGGUUGGCAUGUAAGGAGUGUUAACAGAAAAGCGUGUAUACCCUACCUGUAAAAAAAAAAAAAAAAACAAAAACCAAAACCAAAACUGUUCCAGCCUGUUUUCUUCUGUUUGGUUGUGUUUUAUCAUUUGUUUUUAUGCACACUUGCUUCGUUGGUGUUGAGAUUUUAGCACCUCAGAUGGCCAACUGAACUAAAAGAAAAAAAAAAAUAAAGUCAUUAAUUAUUUUUUC